AAAAAACUCAAAAAAUAAAGAAGAAACAGAGAGACGCCGAGAGAGGGAGAGAGAGAGGGGAGGAGGAUGAUGGAGAUGUGAUUUUGAGCAUUCAUCUCUUCUCUGUGCGUUAUCGAUCUCAUAUCAUUCGCUUCACCUCUCACCCAACACCACCCCAAAAAUGAUCGCCUGAUUCUUGCGGCGGUGUUUGGGAAUCCAAUUCCUUCAUUUCUAAAAAGAAGAAUAGUAUUAUUAUUUCCACGAUGUUGGGUAGGAAAACCAGCCAAGUCUGUGAUUCUUCCUCCUCCAAUGGCGACUCUCCCGAGUCCCACCAAGAAAGGCUCUACCGAGUCUGGAAGGGCAACAACAAAUUUUUGUGUGGUGGAAGAUUAGUGUUUGGUCAUGAUGGCGCAUCACUCUAUUUAACUAGCUUCUUGAUCGGAUGUCCUGCACUCACAUUCUGCAUAAGAAUGCUUGUCAUCAGACAUCAAGCACAUUAUGACUAUCCUGUAUUCACUGCAGGCCUUCUCCUCACUGUUUUGGAUUUUAUUUUUCUCUUCCUCACGUCUGGUAGAGAUCCGGGUAUAAUUCCGAGGAAUUCAAGACCGCCUGAAUCAGAUGGGGUUUGCGAAUCUACGCCAUCAAUGGAGUGGAUCAAUAACAAAGGUUCCAGUAUGAAAUUACCCCGAAUUAAGGAUGUACAAGUCAAUGGCCAUACAGUGAAGGUCAAGUUUUGCGAUACUUGUUUGUUGUAUCGUCCACCGCGCGCUUCUCAUUGUUCCAUAUGCAACAACUGUGUUCAGAAGUUCGAUCACCAUUGUCCAUGGGUUGGUCAGUGUAUUGGAUUACGUAACUAUCCAUUUUUCAUCUUGUUUAUUUCAUCAUCAACCUUGCUCUGCAUCUAUGUCUUUGUGUUUUCCUGGAUCAACCUUCUUCACCAACAUGGCAACUUAUGGAAGGCCAUGUCACGCGAUGUCGUCUCAGUAAUCUUGAUAGUAUAUUGCUUCAUAGCAGUCUGGUUUGUCGGGGGGCUUACAGUUUUUCAUGUCUAUCUAAUAUGCACCAACCAGACAACAUAUGAGAACUUUCGUUACCGCUACGAUAAGAAUGAAAACCCAUACACUAAGGGGAUACUAGGAAACUUGAAAGAAGUGUUCUGCUCCAGGAUUCCACCUUCAAUGGUCAAUUUCCGAGUAUGGGUUUUAAAAGAUGAUGAUAGUGCAAUGGGGUCCGUUGCUUCAGAGAGUGAAAGAGGCUUUAUUGGUUCCAAAGAGAAAUUCGACAUAGAAAUGGGGAACAAGUUUACCAGGGACGGUAAGUUGGUAGUUCCAAGUAUUUUGUGGAAAUUGGACUACAAUGGCAUUGAUGAUAACAUGAAGAAGAAUAAUUUAGACAGUAGUGGUUUCACUGAGGUCUUGAAAAGGAAGGCAUAAGGUCAACUGUUUCUCUUUCCGAUUGGUCAAGACACAAAAUUCAAAAGGGGGUUCUACAGCUGGAGUUAAUUGUGUUAGUGGCGAGAGGGCACAGUAGUUCCAAAUCAGUAGUGAAAGGUAGUCUUCCUUCUAAUAUACAUGCCAGUUUUAUUUUAUUUUAUUUUAUUAUUAUUAUGAAAUUAUCUUGGAGAAGGCAAUUAGAGUGAUUUAUUUGUUUGUUGAUGACCCUAUUCUCUGGUUGCAUAUGUUUCUUGACUACUUCAAGUUUCUUAUAACAAUUUUUUUAGAAAGGGUUUUAUUUUAUUUCUUAUAACUUUUCUUUUAAAUAAUAGCGUAGAUGUUUUGUUUGCAUUAAUUAAACUAUCAUUAUCAAUACCUGUGAAAAUGACUCAAUACAUUGUAGUGUAGACUUGUAGAGUCAAAUGUAUACAAAAAAUGCUUAUUCUGUUUAAUCA